AUGGGUAAAGAUAUACAACUUUUGGAUUAUGGUGUAGAAGAAUAUCAACAAACUUUAAUGUAUAAAAAGAAGAUAAUGAGUUUGAAAAGCUAUGGGACUAUUUUGUGCUUUGAGGCUUAUGUUCCGAAGGCAAAGGAUAUGAUCAACAAUCGGUUCAGAAUAAACUUACUUCACGAUUCUAGUGAACCUUAUUCUGCUUUUGGAAUCGCUGUGUUACAGCUAACUUUCUUCUUUGCACCUGAGAAAUAUAUAUCGCUUCGAGAGAAUAAUGUUGCUUUCAAAAGAGAAGGAAAAUCAUACAUGGAGAUCAGGACGCAAGGGAGCGAUGAGUAUAAAUAUUUUGGAUUUCCAGAAACACGCUCAAAUCCGAUUGGGCAGACCGGCGUGCAUAUAAAUGUAGUAAUCUAUGCUGAAGAAUUUUUCUACAAUAUUAGCAUCAAUGGAGGAGAUUUCAUACAUUACCAUCAUAGAAUUCCUCCUUGGGCUGUCAAUUACGUUAUGGUAUGA